AUGUAUGUAUUAGUAUUUUUUUAUGGUCCAAGAACAGCUGAAUCUCAUACACGAUCCCAAGGUGAAAGUGUCUCGUGCCACGUGGUAAGUACACAAAAAGUGGUAAGUUGCCCUAACCCUACGCGACAGAUCGAGUUUCGCUUUGAAAAAGGCUAGAACGUCGGCACAUGGACUUGCAUACGUCAGCAGGGGGGGGUAACGGUAAGGACAUGCACACGUCAGGAAGAAUGUAGUUGGGGGAACAAGAUAAGAGUGCAGCGCUCAACUGUC